CGCGUGGUUGACUCCCAUUUCGGAUAGACUGUGUUUUUCUGAUCUCCAGUGAACUAAGAAUUCCCUCGAAGUUUCACCAUGGCUGCUCUAACAGGAUUGAAUUCCAAGGCUGAGGUGGCCAGGUCGCACACUGCCAUGGCUGUCAACAUCAACGCCGCUCGUGCGCUCCAAGACAUUUUGAAAACGAACUUGGGUCCGAAAGGAACGAUGAAAAUGCUCGUUUCCGGUGCUGGUGACAUCAAGAUUACCAAGGACGGGAACGUCCUUCUGCACGAGAUGCAAAUUCAAUCACCGACCGCCUCUCUGAUCGCUCGUGCUUCGACAGCUCAGAACGAUAUUACCGGCGACGGUACAACUUCGACUGUGCUGCUCAUCGGAGAGCUCUUGAAGCAAGCCCAACUCAUUAUUCAGGAAGGUCUCCAUCCCCGGGUGAUAACCGAAGGAUUCGAUCUGGCCCAAGCCAAGGCGUUUGAAGUUCUCGAUCAAAUGAAGCUCGAUAUCCCAAUCAAUCGCGACACUUUGAUCCAGGUUGCCAGAACCUCGCUGUCGACGAAAGUUUAUAAUGAGUUGGCCAGCCUUCUCACCGAUGUCUGCGUGGAUUCUGUGCUGACGAUCAAGAAGGACAACGAGCCCUUGAAUCUCCACAUGGUCGAAAUCAUGGAAAUGCAGCAUAAAACCCACAAGGAUACGAAGUUGAUCAAGGGUCUGGUUUUGGACCACGGGGCAAGACAUCCCGACAUGCCCAAAGUCGUGAAGAACGCCUACAUUCUCGCCGUUAACGUGUCCAUGGAAUACGAGAAAACCGAAGUCAACGCCGGUUUCUUCUAUAAGACGGCCGAGGAGCGCGAGAAGCUCGUUCAGGCAGAGCGCGAAUUCAUCGAGAAUCGCGUGAGGAAAGUCAUCGAACUCAAGAAGCAAGUGUGCGGCAAUGACAAAGAGAAAGGUUUUGUCCUGAUCAACCAGCAAGGCAUCGAUCCCAUGUCCCUUGACCUGCUCGCGAAGGAAGGCAUCAUGGCGCUGCGUCGGGCUAAACGACGUAACAUGGAACGCUUGGGCUUGGCCACCGGCUCGGUUGCGUUGAACUCCGUCGACAAUCUCACCCCGGACGUUCUCGGCUACGCAGGGCUCGUCUACGAGCAUGUUCUCGGAGAGAACAAGUACACUUUCGUGGAGGAACUCAAAAAUCCCAAGAGUGUCACUAUUCUCAUCAAGGGCCCAAACAAGCACACCAUAACCCAGAUCAAAGACGCUAUCCACGAUGGAUUGCGCGCCGUCAAAAACGCUAUCGACGACGGAUGCGUCGUUGCAGGAGCGGGUGCCUUCGAGAUCGCCGCUCAUUACGCCCUGAUGGAAUACGAGAAAGAAGUCAAAGGCCGAGCCGUGUUCGGCGUCCGAGCGUUCGCCGAAGCCCUGCUAAUCGUCGUGAAAACCCUCGCGGUGAACUCCGGCUUGGAUCCGCAAGAUACCUUGGUCAAGCUCCGCGAGCAAUACCACCGACUCCGGCCUCAGCCUGUCGGUCUGAACCUGAACACCGGCGAACCUUGCGACCCUGUGGCCGACGGCAUUCUGGAUAAUUACUGCGUCCACCGCCAGCUAAUCUCAGCGUGUACCGUGAUUGCCACCAACCUUUUGCUCGUGGACGAGAUAAUGUUUGCUGGCGUACAACAGAAAAAGUAAUAGCGAUGCAGAUCGCUGUUGUGCUCUUACCCGCUAAUUUAUGCCUAAUAAAAAAUCUCCCGCACAU